AUAACAAUUUUUCCAAGUUUUUUUUGAUAUUUUAUUAUAUUAUUGUUCAUCCCACCACGGUUUAAUAAAACUGUUGAACAUAUAAAAAAAAACGUGAAAAUUAUGAGUCAGUUGAAAUUGACGACGUACUCAAAGAUGAAGCAUUUUGGAGUGAUUUUAUUUAUUGCAUCAACGUUGCUUGUAAACGAUGCUUUUGGAAAUACCAAUUGCGAUUUCCUCGGUUUACAUUUUUACAAAACAAUUGGAUGUAAAGUAUCGGGAAAUGAAAAUGGUUGUCCUUCUUACAAUGGUUGUCAAUACAGUCAACCUAUUGGCCAUUGUACUUACCAAGGACAGAAAAUUAAUAACGGACAAGAUGUUAAAGACGUCGUGAAAGAUUCAAGUUGUAAUUUUGGAUGUAUUUGUACGGCAACUGCACGUGAAAAAGGCAAAUUUAGAUGUGCUCCAGGUAAUUGCGGAGAGGUAGACCCAGUACUUAAAAAAAAUCCAAAAUGUUUUCUAAAACACUCUCUGGACAAAUGUUGUCCAAAACUCAAAUGUGGAGAUGGAGUUCCAGCAACUUGCAAAGUUGGAAACGAAAUAUUUAAGGAAGGACAAAUAUUUCGCCCAAAAAAUAAAUGCUUAACAUGCAUUUGUACAAAAGACUUCGAUGGUAAACUCAAUGGACCAAAUUGCCAGUCAACUCCAUGCGAUAUUGAAGUAAAAGAACCAGAAAAUAUCGAAAAGAAUUGCGCUCCACUAUAUGUUACAUCAAGUACAUCAGAAGCUUUAUGUUGUCCAUCUACUUUUGUUUGCCCAUCGAGUAUCGACAUCAUUAAACAAAACACAACAUCAACGAGUAAAGUGUGUAAAUAUGGAUUAAAAACUUUAACACUUGGAUCAACAAUUGAAACGGAAAACAAUAGUUAUGGUCAAAGAAAAGUUCAUUGUAAAUGUAUUGCUCCACCUUUAAUGACAUGCACCAUGUCUUUUAAUUAAAAGGUUGAGUCUAAAAUAAAGAUUAAAUUAAAAGAAAAGUAA